GCUAACCGCCGCGCUGAGAUCGCGGCUGCCGAGCCCCGCCCCUAAGCUCCGGCCAGUCCUAGGUUUCUCCUAAGGCCUGUCACCCCAGCCUUCACUGGGCUCGCUCCCGGCCCGCACCCCGGGCCCCCGCUGGCCACAGUGAGCUCGCCGUCUCCCCGCCCCCGCGUCAAUUGCGGGGGCCCGCCCAUAGCUAGUUCCGGGGCGGUUGCUCUGAUCGACCAGAACUCCCCGCCCCCUCCUGCGGCCCCGGGCCGUGGGAGGCCUUGGGGCUAAUUUAAGGGCUCCCUAGAGGACGGGGACCCUGGAGGCGGGACAUUGAGGCGACCCACGGGUGGGGCCAGCCAUUAAGCAGUCCCACUUGUGUGCCAGGCACUGAACUGGGCUCUUGACGAGCAUCAUCUCUUAAUCCUCAGAACGUCCCAGGGAGCUCCACAGGAUCUCAUCUCCUGGACCAUGAGUGAGUUGAAGGACUGCCCGUUGCAGUUCCAUGAUUUCAAGUCUGUGGACCACCUGAAGGUCUGUCCCCGCUACACGGCAGUGCUGGCCCGCUCCGAAGACGAUGGCAUCGGCAUUGAGGAACUGGACACACUGCAGCUAGAGCUUGAGACCCUGCUGUCCUCUGCCAGCCGACGCCUGCGCGUGCUCGAAGCUGAAACCCAGAUCCUCACUGACUGGCAGGAUAAGAAAGGUGACCGACGAUUCCUGAAGCUGGGUCGAGACCAUGAGCUUGGAGCUCCUCCCAAACAUGGGAAGCCCAAGAAACAGAAACUGGAAGGGAAGGCAGGACAUGGGCCAGGCCCUGGCCCUGGGCGACCCAAAUCCAAAAAUCUUCAGCCCAAGAUCCAGGAAUAUGAAUUCACUGAUGACCCAAUCGAUGUGCCACGGAUCCCCAAGAACGAUGCCCCUAACAGAUUCUGGGCCUCUGUGGAGCCUUAUUGUGCAGAUAUCACCAGUGAGGAGGUGCGCACGCUAGAGGAGCUCCUGAAACCCCCUGAAGAUGAGGCUGAACAUUACAAGAUCCCACCACUAGGGAGACAUUAUUCCCAACGCUGGGCCCAGGAGGACCUGCUGGAGGAACAGAAGGAUGGUGCUCGGGCAGCAGCUGUGGCUGACAAGAAGAAAGGCCUCAUGGGGCCUCUGACCGAGCUGGACACUAAAGAUGUGGAUGCCUUGCUGAAGAAGUCCGAGGCCCAGCAUGAACAGCCCGAAGAUGGCUGCCCCUUUGGUGCCCUGACACAGCGCCUCCUGCAGGCCUUGGUGGAGGACUCUCCUAUUCCUGACAUGUCUGGGAAAGAAUCAGGGGCCGACGGGGCAAGCACUUCUCCUCGCAAUCAGAACAAGCCUUUCAGUGUGCCGCAUACCAAGUCCCUGGAGAGCCGCAUUAAGGAGGAGCUGAUUGCUCAGGGCCUUUUGGAGUCUGAGGACCGACCGGCGGAGGACUCCGAGGAUGAGGUCCUUGCUGAGCUGCGCAAACGACAGGCUGAGCUGAAGGCACUCAGCGCCCACAACCGCACCAAGAAGCAUGACCUGCUGAGGUUGGCAAAGGAGGAGGUGAGCCGGCAGGAGCUGAGGCAGCGUGUCCGCAUGGCAGACAAUGAGGUCAUGGACGCCUUUCGCAAGAUCAUGGCUGCCCGGCAGAAGAAGCGGACCCCCACUAAGAAGGAAAAGGACCAGGCCUGGAAGACCCUGAAGGAGCGUGAGAGCAUCCUGAAGCUGCUGGAUGGGUAGCCCUCACUCCUGCCUCUGGUUGCCUUCUCUGGCGUGGGUGAAGCCCACUUCCUUCUUUGGGUGCCAGAAUCCUUGGCCCAUGGCUGCCCAUCAAAUGGUGAUGGUCUCUAGAGAGCUGAGGUCCUCCUGUCAGGUCUUUUGGCCCAGAUCUGUACAGUCAGGAUGUAGGAGGCUCUGGUGGGAUGGCUUGGGCUCAGUCUGCCUGGUCCCCAGGAUGAGGGAGGCUUCAUUUCUGGGUCUUCCUUUUUUCCCUCGCCAUCCCCCACUCCUUUACCUCCUACCCUGUUCCCCCUCAGAGACUUCUCCCUUGUGGUUUUGUAAAGUGCAAACUUAAGAAUAAAGUGACUGCUGUGGUUUUUAAAAAAAAAAACACCCAGAGUUUUUGAGUGUCUGUUACUGUGGGUUAGGAAGAUACUUGUGUAGGUGACAAAGGUUUAGGAGACUGUGCUUGGUGGCUCUCAGCCUGUGGC